AAAACCGAACGCAGAAGCCAUGCUUUACCUUCUGUCAAUGUUGACAAGUCGGGAGAUGAGAUUGUAAACAUUGUGUGCAACCGCACAUGCCAUUUAUUAUUGAAAACCUUCCGUGUUUUUACUAUUACGAUACAUUAAUUAUAAGUUAAGUUAAAAAAUCGUAGUAGUAAGUGCGAUUCAAGUGCAUGAAAAAUUAUUCUGCAUUACAGAUAACUGACAAUGGCGGCUACAUCUUUAGCUGAACAGCUUAAAAAGCUAGCUGUGCCGCAGACAACUAUCUAUAAUGAUGAGAAGAAGACCGCUUCAUUACUUUUUGACCCGAAAGAAGCCGCGAAUAAAGACCGCGAUACAUUCUACGAGAUUGGUUUGAGCGGACUGAAAGAAUUGGUAGCCUUGUAUGAAGGUUUUCGGGUUUUCGAAGAUUCACUGUACAGCCUUGCUUCCAAAGACUUUGAAAGAGCUGUACAAACUAAGGAGGUUAACCAAAACCUUGAUCAGACCAUAGAGAAGUUUUUACUUCAGUUAUCACCUUACCUCCUUUUGCAAUCAUCGCAUAAGGCUCUGGAAUGGCUGAUCAACCGGUACCAUAUCCAACUAUACAAUCAAGAUGCUAUCAUGACACUGAUCUUGCCAUAUCAUGGCACUAAAAUAUUUGUCCGUUUCAUUCAACUUAUGAAUGUGAAAUCAACUAAUCCUAAAUGGGGCUGGCUCCAGCCUAUACGCAAACAUGGCAUUGUGUUAGCCCAUCAAGUUUUGUUCAACCAGUGUGUGUCAAAUACAGGCACACUUCAGUUUAUCGCUAAAAGUACAUUGAAGUAUGUAAAAGAAUUUGGCGAAAGGGCUACACAACUGAACACAGUCUUUGCAUUCUUCUGUCAAACAGCUAUUGGUGUUAUUGAUUCUAGCAAGAAAGUUACUGAGGCAAUAAUUAGUGCUUUACUGCCCACUGUAGUCAAAGCUAUAGACUCACCAGCUGCUGACUUCCGGGCAUCGGCAUAUCUCGUACUGGGAUAUUUAUUUGCAAAGACGAAGCUUAAAGAAGACACACUGAACGAGAUAGUGUUCAAACUGUUGACCACUGAAUUUGACAUUUCGUUUGACGUAGCAAUUCUGAUUACCAUGAUGUAUGAGAAACAAGGUCAUGUGAGGAAGAUGUCUGAAAAUAUUCUGAAUGACAUGUCUGUUGAUAUAAUGACCAAUCUUUGUAGUCACUUAAAGACCUUGGUUCAAAGAGGGCAUAAUGUGAGGGCUUUUCUAAUGGCUUUCUUGAAAAGUGUGCUGCCGUUGAUUCAGGGUGAAGACUUUUGGAGAUACUGUAAGCUGCCAGAGAUUCUUAUUGGUGAGGUUGACUUGAAGCAGCAGAAACCAGAUAAAAUCAUCAAGUGUGUCCUUGAUUCCUACCAUUUUGUGAAUGCCAAUGCUGUAGGUGACGAUGAUGAGAGUGACAUCGAAAUUAUUGAUGAAGAUGAUGACUCUUCUAGCAAGAUCCUCAACUGGUAUGGUGCUUUUCUGAAGAACCUUGAAAGGCAAUACCCAGAAGAUUUUGACAAAGUUGUUAAUGAAGAAAUGAGUUCAAAUAGCAAGAAUUCAGCUAAAAGAAAGGGUCAGCUUUCCAAACUCCUUGGUUUUAAGCCAGCGAUCGCUCAUAAGGUUGGUGGUACAUACCUUUUUGAAAAUUUGAACCAUGUCAAUCCAAAAUUGCGUGCAGAAGCAGUUAAUUACAUUUCUAAAGAAUUUUCGGCUUUGAAAAAUGAGAACGCUGACUUUGUUAAAGAAUCUAUUAUUAAUAGAUUUAAUGAUGACAACCCUGAAGUGGUUAAUGCUGCUUUGGAUAUACCUGUUGAUUACUUACAAGAAAUAUUUGAUGAAGUAGAUGCAACAUCUACCUUUGUGUCUAUCAUUGGUAAGAGUACAAAAAAAUGGAAGCAAGUUGCUAAGACAGCUAUUACUAUGUUUUGUGCGGUAGAAAUGUUGCCUGUCAAUCAAGAAACUGUUUUGGCAUUAAUACCAUACCUUUUCCCACAUAAUGAAGAAUCAGCCAAACUGACUUGGCAAAUUUUGAAUUCUCAUUGGGGCAAGAAGUUAGGACUUCUGACAAAAACAAAGGAACUUAAAGGAACUAAACAUAAUCAUGAAAAGUUAUGCGAAGUUAUAUUCAAGGCUCUAUUUAUUAACAGAACUAUUAAUUUAGACGAAAUGCUUGAUGAACUUCAACUGGAUAAAUCUAAAACACUCGAUAUUUGCUUCUAUAUGUUACUUAAAAUCAGUUUCCUCAAAAAUGCUUCAGUCGAAGAAGCAUCAGCCAUUUUAAAUCUACUUCUUGAAUCUGUUGAGAAUAGAUCAAUUGUUCACAGUUCAGAAGGGCAAGUAUUUUCAAGCGAAAUAAUGCCAGAGUUCAUAAAACAGUCGCGUCAAAACAACAUGCUUUUCCAAGUGAUUGAGUAUAUUUUCUCUAGAGUUAUUGAGGAUAUGAAUAUUCAGGAAAUUCAGAAACCUUGGUGUGAUGUCUGUAAAACCCCGGACAUAAUACUUGUGAGGAGGCUCUAUGAGAUUUGUGUGAUCGGGUGUGCUAUACCAAGCUAUGGUGAACAUUACGUAGCACUCCUUCAAAAGCUAUUAGAUAAAUUUUUCAAAGGUGCAAGAGAAAAGUUUGAGUUUGUUGCAAACUUCGCUUGUGGACAUAUUUUGUACGCGACUGAUCCCAAAGUUGUUAUUGGUCCAGAGCUACAACUCCGCAGUCUUAAACUCCUCAGUAACUUCUUAGCUGUACAGGAAAAUCAAAACUGGUUGUUUGAUUCAGAUGUUCUGGUAUUGACCGUCUUAUACUGCCUGAACAACCCUAUUACUGCGAUUCGUGAAUGCGCCAUCGAUAUAGUUCAAAAGAUAUUGAGAGAAGACCCUGAUAAGAAACUUAUCUAUGUCCAGCUGCUACAGGAAUUUAUGACACAUAAAGACGAAUUGUUGUUAGACCAUAAUCAAAUAAAACACGUGUUGAAUACGAUACUGAGCCAAAAGGACAACAAAAAGCUUUUCAGUCGCAACUGUCUUUUGAAACUCGUUGGCAUAUUGAAUUCUGAUACUCCAUCUCACAUAAAAUCCAGCUUUUUACAACUCCUAUGUGAAGUUAACAACCCUACAGCCUUCCCGCAUUUCGUUCAAUCUCUAAAAUCGUUGGAAAAGACUUUGAAGGAAAAUGAGUUGAAUUUAAAGUUAACUCUUGACAUUUAUGAGUCCAAUCUUUUUAGGAGUGUGUAUGGCCAUAUAAAUGCAUCGACCGUAUCUACUUUUGCCAAAGAGCAAGUAUGGAGCUCUAUAGAAUUAGGUAUGAAGGAAUAUAGAGAGUGCAUCCUAGAAGAAGACCAAUCGCUUGUGAGUCCCUCUGUGUUGAUAAUGCGACAAAUUGAUGAAAAUGUCUUUGAAAAGGUGCCAGAGGAGAGGGCCAAUGGCUUAGUCUACCUGAUUGCUAGUGCUGGAGCCGUAAGCAACAACCCUACAAUAUCGAGCGUCGCGUCAAAAAUUAUGAAGAAAAUCCACCUCAAAUUCAGCCACUUCAAGCCAAUCUUGGAAAAGAUGUUGAAUGCAGUUGAUCCAGCUGCAAGCGUGCCCAAGAAAAAGAAGUCCACAGUCUCCAUGUUGUCCUACCAGUUAACUGAAACAGAUGAUUGGAGACUUGGAGUUGCUUUCCUUGAGUACGUCCAGAGCAAGAAGAAAAUGAAAUUAGACAACUCUUUUGUUUCAUUGUUGUUCCAAAUAUUGAAUAAGUGCCUGAGAUUUGAGGAGCAAUCGUACGUAGAGUACACUAAACAACUGAUCCUGUCGUCUCUAUGGUAUUUCUGCAAGAAGUUUGUUGAUGAGAAGGACGAUGAACAAAUAAAGUCUCUGAAAUCUGUGUUCGAUGUUGAGUUAGUUGUUCAAUGUAUCAGAGGUACCCAAAAUCCUCAGACGCAUCACCACGCUUUGAUUGUUUUAUCUCAUGCUGCGUUCAUGCUUCCUGAACAAGUUCUUCACCAUACGAUGGAGAUAUUUACAUUUAUGGGCUCAUCAGUCUUAAGACACGAUGACGCAUACAGCUUCCAAAUUAUCACAAAGAUUAUUGAGACGUUAAUCCCAAUUCUGGUUAAGCUGGAUAAGAGUGCUGAUGAAUACUCUGAUAAGGAACUUCAACAGUUACAAAGUCGUGUUGUUCCUGUGUUACGUAUCUUCGCUGAUGUUGUUUUACAUGUACCGGAGCAUAGAAGACUUCCAUUAUUCACGAAGCUCAUAGAAACUCUUGGCCCCAGUCAGUUCCUUUGGGUGUUCCUUGCUUUAUUACUUGAAACUCAUGUGGCCCACUUCAGUGAUAACAAGAAGAAAACUCCCCAGAAUUCGAGAACAUUAGCAGAUCAAGAAGCUCCAAUAAAUAGACUUGAUUUUGGUCAAAGCAUCCUUUUAGAAUUCCCGCCUGAAGUAGCACUGGAGAAUUUCAUAAAACUGGUUGUCUAUAUCAAAUCUUUGCCUUUGCAAAAGGAUGAGAACUCUAUGGACACUGAUGUCGAUCCUGGCGACAUCUUUAGUGUGAAUGGACAUACCCCUAUACAGCUACGUCACUACAAAUACGUUAUAAUCACUUUUAUGAACACUUGCUUAGCAUCGUCCAGAUUUAUUCAGCAUACUACUUUGGCAACUGAUAUGAAAGCCAUGGAGAACCAUUACAAAACCUUCAUCAUAAGUAUACUGACGUUCAUUCAAACAAUUUCCAAAGUAUCUGAUGAUAAAACUGCAAAAUACUGGCGCGUUAUGUUACAUCACAGUUAUGACUUGCUAGACCAUACGAACAACUUGCUCUCCGCUCCUAUGUUCCUGUCUGUGGUGAGAGGUCUUAUGAAACACACACUACAGACAGUCAGACGUAAAUCAAUGGAACUUCUGAACUCAAAAAUCCAAUUCAGUCCAGAAAUAUUCGAAGGUGUGGAUAAGGAGCUGCUAUUCUCAUUAUUGCCUCCUCUAUUAGAUAUUGUCAAGACGAUUGAAACGAAGGAGGAGAACUUGAGUGAAAUUGUUGCUCAAGAGUUAGAAUUGAAUCAGCAAACGUCCCUCCUAUCUCUAAAGUUGCUGACAAAAAUGCUUGCAUCAGAGAAUCCAGAGCCUUUCAAGGAUGUUCUAGAAACUGUAACAGAUUACACUUGUAAUCCGAAUAUAUCUGGCAAUGUUAUGGCUUCGGUAGUGCUAUGCUUGGCUGAACUUUGCAGCAACCUCAAAGCACACGCGCUUGCAAGUCUCCGCAAAUUCAUGCCGGCACUCAUCAAAGUCCUCAAAAAGCAACGGAAAGCAGAAACGCCUGAACUGGUGUUGCUAAGUACAGUGACAGCCAUAGCAAAGAUCGUUGAAAGUCUGCCUCUAUUCUUAAGUCCGUACUUACAGAAAGUUUUGUACGAGUAUUCCAUUCUGUUGGCUAAAUGGCAGAGCCAAGAUCAGGAAUGCAGUAAGGUCUCAGCAAUAGUUGCGAAGCUAUUGACAAUAAAGAAGAAAAUCGCUGGAUCUAUACCUCCAAGGGUUCUUAUCCCAGUUAUUAAUGAAACUCAUAAGAUAUUAUUGGAGAAAGAGAAUUACGAUGCAGUUGGUCCAGUGAUGUCUGUGUUAGCUGAUAGCUUCGCGAAUGUGACGACUGCAGACUUCACAGCAUUACAACAAGACCUUACGACAUUCUUCUUAAGUGCUCUGCAACUGAGAAGCGAUGCUGUAGAGAAAGAUGUCAGUGCUGACGUCAUAGACCGAGCCGAAGACGAAGUGGUGAACGCUUUAGUGUGCCUCGUGUUGAAGCUCUCAGAGACAAGCUUUAGGCCAUUCUAUUUCAAGAUUUACGACUGGGCUAUAAGGACUAAUGUCGAAGGACAGAAAGACAGGACUAUUACUUUCUACAGAUUAAGUUGCGCCAUAGCUGAUAAGUUGAAAGGGCUAUUUGUCCUCUUUGCUGGUCACUUCAUUAAAAACGCUUCGGAUCUCCUUGACUCCUGCAACAACAGUAAAACAGAAGACCAAUACUUUGAUUCUGAAGAUAAAUGUUUGAUGCUCGUAAAGUUCAUUGUCAAAACACUUCACACAGUGUUCCUUUACGACAGUCAAAGCUUCUUGAAUAAAGAUCGGUUUGAAACACUCAUGCAGCCUGUGGUAGACCAGCUCGAGAAUACCUUGGGAGGAAUUGAAGACCUUAAAGUCAGGGCUAAAGAGUACUUAAUCCCUUGCAUUUCUCAAUUCGCUGUCGCCACUGCAGAUGAUUCGUUGUGGAAGUUACUGAAUUAUCAGAUUUUGUUGAAGACUCGUCAUAAUGAUGCUGAGAUAAGGUUGGUUGCUCUUGAUUGCCUUGUCGCCAUGGCAACGCAGCUCGGUAGCAGUUGGCUGCCACUAUUAGCUGAGAGUGUGCCUUUCCUGGCUGAACUUCUAGAAGACGGCGAUUCCAAGAUUGAAACAUCCACUAAAGACGCGAUCAGAAAACUUGAACAGAUUUUGGGAGAACCAUUAGAAAAAUACUUCUGAUUGCUGUAUUACAUAGAGUUUUAAAUUUAUAUCGAAACUAUGAAUACAAUAUUUGUAUAACAGAAAUAAGUUUUAUUA